CCCUCCCUCCAUUCCCCCCUCCUCCCCCGCCCCGUCUUUUCACUCGUCCCCCGCACGCACACCAUGGACCAUCGCUCAUCGACGGAGAAGUACUCUGCCCUCAUCAUCUACCGUGUGAACCCCAGCGCAUCCAUCCCCUCCUCGGCCGUCGCCGGUCACAGCCCCGCUUCACCCUACUAUUCUGCCUCUUCUGACGGCGCGCCAGCGCCCGGUAACCUCGCACAGCGCUUCACCCAGCCGGCGCGCUUCCGCCCGGCGGAGAUUCUCGAUCGCGGUCUCGUGGAGUUUCUCCUCUGCUAUGAUCCCUUCGAUCCGUCGUCCCAGCUCUUCUUCCCCAAGGUGCCGGUGCGCCCCUCGGCCGACUGCCUCUCCUCGGUAGUGCGCGAGGUGGAGGAGCUCUUUGGCUUCUCCUCCAGCAACCUUCACAUCGAAUAUGUCCCCCCCUCGAGCUCUCGCAUUCUCACGGAGAGCGGAGACACCAGUCCGAUCACCUUCUUUCUGGCUCAUGCCAGCUUCCGCACCUCGCUGAAGCUCAUCCCCGACUCGAACAAUGUCAGGAUUCAGUGGCGCCCCAUGGCUGACGUCAAUAAGAUCAUUACAUACAGCAAUAUUCGAACUCUCUUCGGGCAGUUCUGCUCGGAGAUGAUUGGCAGCCGCCUUCAUGAGGGCUAUGUUUUCUGUGAUUUCAGCCCCGAGGUUGACCAGCAGAUUGCGAGCCGCACAUACCGGACCAGCGCCUGUCGAAAUUUCGAUCGCUCCGGCGUGUGUACCCGAGGCCGGACCUGUCCAUAUGCCCACGGCCCAGGCGAGUUGCGCCCCAUGCCACCCGGUCGGGGCCCAUCCACCCGUGCCCCCACUCGUCCCCAGUCGAGCGCAGGAGCCAGCCAUAUGGAUCCCUUCGGCUCACACCGGUCGCCCAGCCCCGGCCAGCCGCCCGCCUCCUUCACCCGCGAUGGCCGUGACUCCUCUCGGGACUUCCGCGGGAGCGGCGGUAGCAUCAGCAGCAGUCACCGGGACUUCCGCAGCGACUUCCGCAGCGACUUCCGCAGUGACUUCCGCACUGGCAGCCGUCCCGAGAGCAGCCGGGACUUCCGUGGUCCCAUCGAUGGCCGGGACUUCCGGGGUGCCGGCGAUGCGCGCGACCCUCGCGGCGCGGUUGAUGGCCGGGACUUCCGCAGCAGCGACGUCGGCCGAGACUUCCGCGGCAAUGGCAUCGACGGGGCCCGGGACUUCCGGAGCAACACCGAGACCAGUCGCGACUAUCGGGACUUCCGCCACGAUCGCCGGGACCUCCGGCCGGGGCGUGCCUUUUCCUCUGGCCACUCGCCGGCCGACUCGCCACUCAGCUCCAGCAACCAUGCCCAAUGGCCCUCCCCGGGCGCCCGGUCCUCCACCUCGGCGGCCAGCUCCGUCUCGGGCCCCAGUGUGGCGAAGGGCUCGUCUGCGGCCGCGAUGUCCGCCCCGGCCACCCCCGUGGCACCCCCAUCGGCCUUUGCCUCGUCCCCGUUGUUCCUGAAUCUGUUGCCCACGACUCCCGGGGCCCGGUCCCGCCCGCCUCCCCUCCCGACGUCGGUUCCCCCCGGCAAGACCCCCCCAUCGGGAUCCCUCCCGGCUGGCAGUGCUUCGGCGCCUCGGCGCCCUGCCUCCGGCACCCCCCUGGCCCCAAUGACUGGGGGGUCUUCCACCUCCACUUCCGCUGAUGCUGCUCCUUCCCCCGGGAAAGCCCCCACCCAGCUGGAAACCCUCUUCCAAUCCUUCAGUCUCGGGGGCACCGGUGCCCCCGCCUCCGGUGCCGGUGCCGGUGCCGGUGCCGGUGCCGGUGCCGGUGCCGGUGCCGGUGCCGGUGCCGGUGCUGGGUCGGCCGCCGCCGCCGCCGGAAACGACGACUCCACCGAGUCCCCUUCCCGGCCCUCGCGCCCUUCGCCAGUGCAUGCCUCCCGCCGGCCGGCCACCUCCUUUGCACAUUAUCUGCUGGACGCGCGGACUCUCGAGUCGCCGAAUGCCAACACCCUGUACCGGAACAUUGCCGCGGCGCACAGCUCCUUUUCGGCCCUCGGUUCGGGGGCCACCUCUUCGGCCACGGCCCUCGGCUCGCAGGCCGUCCUCCUGGGCGGCCUGAUCCAGGCCAUUGUCUGGUCCGAACGCCGGAAUACCACGGACAAGCCGAUCCCCGGCGCCGGGGACAUCCUCACUCAACGCCUGGACCUCAUCCGGCGCUUCAUCAACUCCCCCUCGUUGCAGAUCUCCUUCCUGCUUGAGUUGGAGGCCGCCGAGGCGGCGGUCAUUCCUCUGCCCCCGGCGGGCGCCUCGCCCGAGGAAGUGGCCGCCUGCCAGCGGAGUGCCGCCUUCGGCCUGUGGUCCGGCUCCAAGGAGAUCCUCCUGCUGGCACACCAGCUCUACGAUCAGGAGGUGGUCGAUGAGCAUGCCUUCCACUCGUGGGCCCAGCUGCCACCCAUCAUUCUUCCUGGCACCCGACCCGGCGCCACCGAGGGCGGUCUUUUCCGCCAUGUGCUCCUGCGCUUUGCGGAGUGGCUGCUCAUUGCCGACGCCGAAACCACCGACUCCUCCGAGUGAAGCAGGGUGUUGGGGGUUCCUCUUACCCUUUUCCCUUGACCUUACCCUUGAUAGAUGGGUCUGGUGCUCUCUCUCUCUCUCUCCCUCUCU